AUUUGAGAAAGAAAAAAGAAAUAAAUGAGCCUCUCCUCUCUCUAUAAAUUAACAAAAUGUAGAAGUGGAGGGAAGAUUUUCCCGCCAUUUCCCUCUUAGCUAAAGUUGUUAUUCCUCUUGCAAAAGAGAAGAAAAGAAAACCCUAACCCUAGGCCAGCCAACGACCGCCAUGGAAGAGCAAAUCAAAGCUGAAUUCCUGAAAAAUGGCUUCGCUCUCGAUGAUGAAGCAGAAAUUCUUAACAAAUGUCUUACAUUCUGUAUACAAUACAACCUAAGCCCUUCCGAUCUCGUUUCUAGCUGGGACGUUUACUCUCUCAACAGGGGGCUGGAAUUGAUGGUGCAGAGUUCACAUAUGGGUGCAUUUCUACAACAAUUACAGAAUGAACGGAGAGAGGACAUUGUUAAAAAGGAACCUGGUUUACAUUUCUACUCCAGUGAUAUUUCUAUGAUAUUGAAUGAUGAAUACGAGGAUACCAAGGAAAUCAUUCUAGGUACCCCAACAGAUAAACAAAAGUCAUCACAGGCAGAAACAACUGCUUCAGCACAAAAAACUAAUGGGAGCAUUUCCACCUCCAGAAAGCAUCUAGAAACAAUUACACCCUUUGGACAAAGAAGGAACAAGUUUGUGGUGCAGUUUUCUCUCAAUGAGAAGGCCAAUGAAGAAAGUAUGAAUAUAGAACACGAUCAGGAGAACCCCAAUGAUGACAUCAUAAAGAGAGUCCAACCAAGCAAAAGAUGUUCUUUGCAAAUCAUUAGCUCUCAACCUGAGCCAGGGUGCAAGUUCAUGUAUGACAGAAUGGAAAAUAAGUUUAAUUUUCUUGAAAGCCGAAUAAAAGAUCAUGCGACAGCACUUGUAGCCUCUGGAUUGCAUGAGGAACCAACUGAUCCUACUGUUGCUUCACAGAGAUCUGUAUUUGCUGUUGGGAUGAUUUGUUGCGAGGAAGAAGGGCGUUUGAAGGAAAAGCCUAUUUUACUGCAAAGCAGCGUUGAGUAUUCUGGAGGUCAGCGUGUGCGCCUUGACUUGCAAAACUUGAACCACUUUUCUGUUUUCCCUGGCCAGGUGGUUGGUGUUGAAGGGCAUAACCCAAGUGGCCACUGUCUAAUUGCAUCAAAAAUUGUUGAUCGCAUUCCUUUGUCGGUUUCUUCCACGGAAAAUCUCCCACCUACUAAGAAGCAAGCAAUGGAUCAAGAUCUUCAGUCAACCAACGCCUCAUGUGCUAUGCCAGAGCUGUCAUUGAUUAUAGCUGCAGGUCCUUUUACAACUGUUGAUAACUUAUUCUUCGAACCUCUUGCCGAGCUUCUAUCAUAUGCACGACGCAAGCAGCCUCAAUUGAUCAUAUUGCUAGGACCAUUUAUAGAUUCGGAUCAUCCCGAGAUCAAGAAAGGAACCGUGAAUAGGACAUUUGAUGAAAUCUUUCAGGAUGAAAUUCUUGCGAGGUUGAGAGAUUAUGUAGAAUAUAUGGGUUCUGCUGCUCGCGUGAUUCUUGUUCCAUCUGUUCGAGAUGCUAACCAUGACUUUGUUUACCCUCAGCCAGCCUUUGACAUUCAGUCACCCGAUCUUGAAUACCAGAUAAAUAGCAUUACAAAUCCUGGAGUAUUCUGUGCAAAUGAGGUGAAAGUGGCUUGCUGUACAGUGGAUGUUCUUAAACAGCUUAGUGCGGAGGAGAUUUCACGAAAUCCACAAGGGGGAUCAAAGCAACGAAUGACAACUCUUGCAAACCAUAUAUUAAACCAGCACAGCUUCUAUCCUCUAUAUCCGCCAGCUGAAGGCAUACCCAUUGAUUUCUCUCUUGCUCCGGAAGCUCUUCAGAUGUCAACUGUCCCAGAUAUACUCAUCUUACCCUCGGACUUGGCUCAUUUUGUUAGGGUGAUCUCCCUUGGAGAAAGAAGUGAAGGGGAAGAAGUAAAGUCCAUUUGUGUGAAUCCUGGACGACUUUCAAGGGGAGAAGGAGGAGGUUUCUUUGUGGAGCUUAAUUACCAGGGAAGCUGUGAUUUGUCAAGUGCUUCAGUUAUUCGUAUAUAGAACUAAGAACUAAAUCACCAUGACGAUGAAGAACUCGGGCACACUGCACUCUUGAAGGCUUCUCGUGGAUAGUAACACAAGAAACACGUGUGCUGUGGCUGAAUCUAUUAUGUUGGUGAUGUUCAGCUGCCAUUAUUCAGAAGCAAGUGUCUAGAUAUUAAGGAAGUCGUUAUAGCUGGUCAGAGCAUCUUACGCAACCUUAUAAGUUCAGCUGCUGUCUGAGGUCAAUAUUUAGGAAGUUAGCUGUCUAGCUCAUUAUAGCAUCUCAGCUACUUGGAGAAGUUCUGCUACCUUGUCCAUGGGGGUUAGAGAAAAUUUAACAUAAAACUUCUGUCACUGUCUAUUAGUUGUAGGUAAUUAAUUAUCUUCUGGCGGGAUCCUUUUCUAUACAAUGAAAUACAAAUUUGCUAAGGUUGUCUGCUAUGAGAUGCAGGAGAGAGGAAGCUUAACUCUUUUGAGUUCAAGUGGUCAGCCAACCCCAUAUGAGAUUCCUUUUUGCAACGAGUCAUACUGCGUAUAAGAAAAGAAAAGUUCAACCGUAUGUUUCUUUGUCAUAAAUAGGUCAAACAAAUAAUAUUUUCCAAAAACUCAAAACUCAAUUUUUGGAAAACUUCAAAACAAAUGCUACCAGGUUUUUUUCAAUUCACAAGCCAAGCCUGCCUGUAUCAAUCAAUUACAUCAUUUUCAGCAAUAUGCUAAAGAUAACAAUGUUCCAAAUGGGGGAAUAUGCCAUUAAUACGCGUUCACUUCAUCUCCAUGGUUAGUGCAGACACUCCAAGUAAAUUAAAUCCUACCCCUGCCCCCACCCCCCAAAAAAAAAA